GUUUACAUUGAUUAAUGUAAACAAAUUAAUCAGUUAGACAACAAUUUCUCUAUAAGCUAUCUAUAUUUUUUCUUAUAUUUUGAAUAUUUCUGAAAAUCCAAAGACUUAAAUAUGUUCUUGUCUUUCUAAUUCGUUGAAUUUUGUAUGAAUUAGCUGUAUCUACACAUAACAAGUGUUUUCUGCUCAAGACUAUUUUGUUUUAUUAAACAUUGUUUUGUUUGGUGAUUAUUCACGAUAUAUUUUGUUAAAAACUUUUACUACAACAGUCUGAAAUGACAACUACCGCUGGACCUUCCACCUCAGCCACUAUUUUAACACCAAACGUGGUUCAAGUGAAUCCGAGGUUGAAGAAUAAUGCUAUUCUGGCUGGAAUAAAGAGUGUCCGUUGGAUGUUUAAUGAUAUUGUGCCUGAUUUUAUUCUUGGUCAAACUACAUGUGCUCUUUAUAUGACACUUAAACAUCACACCCAAUAUCCUCAUUAUAUAUACGAUCGAAUGCAACAAGUUGGCAAAUCAUAUCAAUUGCAAGUCUUAUUAGUUUUGGUGGAUGUAGUAGAUCCAAAUGCAAGUUUGAAAGAAUUAGCUAAAGUUUCAAUUAUGGCGGAUUUCACCUUGAUGUGUUGCUGGUCACCAGAAGAAGCGUCUAGGAUGAUUGAACAUUAUAAGCUUUUUGAGAAAAAGUCUCCUGCUAUGAUCAUGGAAAAGCAGCUUGCUAAUAUAAAUGGAACUGAGGACAAACACAAGUGCGUGAUCGAGGCUCUAUCAAGCGUCAAAUCCAUCAAUAAAACUGAUUCACUGUCUCUCAUAUCCAAUUUUGAGUCAUUUGAAAAGAUAGUAAAAUCCGAUGCCGAAACUUUAGGAUUAUGUCCAGGUCUAGGACCAUUAAAAGCAGAAAAAUUGUACCAAGCUUUUCACAAACCUUUUAUAAGAAGUGAUUAAACCCCAUUUUUAAAAUAUUA